CAGAAUGCCUUGCGUCAGUCUCAAGCUCUAGCACAGGAUAACAGACGUCUUUCAGGAGAAUGUAGCGGGUAAAUAUUUGAUGUCUUGUGACCACUUUCGCAUUUAAAAGCAGACGCUACUUACAGGUGCUUGACUCUACAUUUCUGGUUUGCUGCGGACGUUGGAGCUUGAAAAUAUAACACACCAAACAAAGACCUAUACCAACAUUAUGCUUUUAUAAAAAUCAUCCUUCAAGAGCUGUUUAUGCAAUUUUUCUGUAGCCUUCUCAGUUCAAUGUAGCUUCUUAGUUCAAUCUACCAGUGUUGGAGCAAAGAUCCUAAUCCCAAAUCCUUCUGGAGGGAGCUAAGACACUGCCUGACUCGAAGCUAACCGGAUUACCUUCAUAUUAGAUUUGCGAGACGAGAAAAGUACACCUGCUUGAAUUUACUAGCAAAUACAGGUCACGCUGCUCCGAGUUCAUUUGCUUUUCGUAUCUCCUAUGCGGGACGCCACCUUGAACUGUCAAACUUGGCAGAAUUGGCUACCUGAAUAGUCUUUUAUUGUAGGACAACUUUACGAACCAAAUCCAUUCAGACUCAAGGUCGAUCGUCCUUGGUUGCAGAGAGGGGACGUGUUGUUCGUGCUUGGCUUUCAGAUGUUAAUGGUCAAGACUUUGUUUUUUAUGUUUGAUACAAUAUUGCCACAGAAGGACAGUGGAACGCAAGUGCACAAGCAAAUCUGUAUCACCAAUGCCUGAGAAGGCCUCUCAGCCAAGCUGGAUCGUAAAGAAAAAAAUCGCUUGAGAAAGAGGAGACGUACUAAACUCGACUGAUCUCAUUCAGGUCCUGUUCUUUUUUCCUGCUUGGUGAAGACCUGCAUUCAUGCAAUGGAUCCUGGGCCAACUCAUACAGGAGCAAGCAUUGCUUUGUGAAGGUCUACGUGCAGCCCUCAUUAACAUCGGCCAGAUAAGCGGAGAAGGAUGAAACUGAAGAAGCAGGUGACCGUCUGCGGAGGGGCCAUCUUCUGUGUGGCCGUCUUCUCUCUCUAUCUGAUGCUGGACAGAGUCCAGCACGAUCCGGCGAGGAGACAGAACGGAGGAAAUUUUCCGAGGAGCCAGAUCUCGGUGUUACAGAACCGCAUCGAACAGCUCGAGCAGCUCCUGGAGGAGAACCAUCAGAUCAUCAGCCACAUCAAAGACUCAGUUCUGGAGCUCACCGACACUGGAGCCGUCUCUCCCAGCGGGCACCUACCUUUCCGCAGUGCCAACGGCUCCUGGGUGCUGCCCUUUGACGGCAGGCCCACUUUUCUAUCCGUCAAGCCACAGGACUGCCAGUUCGCUCUGGGACACAGAAGCCAGACUGACCUGCAGAUGCUGGAUGUUUACUCGCUGCUCAGCUUUGAUAAUGUGGACGGCGGUGUUUGGAAGCAAGGCUUUGAGAUCACUUACGACCCCAGCGAGUGGGAUGAAGAACCAUUGCAAGUGUUUGUGGUCCCUCAUUCUCAUAAUGAUCCAGGAUGGGUCAAGACAUUUGACAAGUAUUAUAACGAUCAGACUCAGCAUAUCUUAAACAACAUGGUGGUGAAGCUGGCAGAAGACCCUCGCAGGAAAUUUAUUUGGUCUGAAAUUUCUUUUUUCGCCAAAUGGUGGGAAAGCGCUGACGUCCAUAAACAAGAAGCAAUGCGCAAGCUGAUCCUCGGUGGACAGGUGGAGAUGGUGACAGGAGGUUGGGUCAUGACGGACGAGGCCACUGCUCACUAUUUUGCCAUGAUCGAUCAACUCAUUGAAGGCCAUCAGUGGCUGGAGCAAAAUCUAGGUGUGAUCCCUCGAUCGGCCUGGGCAGUGGAUCCAUUUGGUCACAGUGCCACAAUGCCUUACUUGCUAAAACGGGCCAACCUGACCAGCAUGCUGAUCCAGAGGAUCCAUUACUCCAUCAAGAAGCAUUUUAGUGCUACACGGAGCCUUGAGUUCAUGUGGAGGCAGGCAUGGGAUCCAGAAUCGGGCACGGAUAUGUUCUGCCACAUGAUGCCAUUUUACAGCUACGAUGUGCCUCAUACCUGCGGUCCCGACCCAAAGAUCUGCUGCCAGUUUGACUUCAAGAGACUCCCGGGCAGUAGAGUCAACUGCCCAUGGAAGGUGCCACCCCGAGCCAUCACGGAUGCCAACGUGGCAGAGAGGGCUACCGUCUUGCUCGAUCAGUAUCGUAAGAAGUCCAAGCUUUUCCGUAGCAAAGUGUUGUUGGUUCCUCUGGGAGAUGAUUUUCGGUACGAUAAAGUGCAGGAGUGGGACCAGCAGUACUUAAAUUACCAGAAACUGUUUGAUUUCAUGAACUCGCAUCCGGAAAUGCACGUGAAGGCUCAGUUUGCAACAUUGACGGACUACUUUAGCGCUCUAUACAAGGCUAAGGGAGUUGCCCAGGGGAUGAGACCGCCGGAUUAUCCUGUGCUCAGCGGAGACUUCUUCGCCUAUGCGGACAGAGAGGAUCAUUACUGGAGUGGAUACUUCACCUCACGGCCCUUUUACAAAAACCUGGACCGCGUGUUAGAGUCUCAUCUACGAGGGGCGGAGAUCCUUUACAGCCUGGCGGUCUCACACGCACGGCACGCGGGCCUAGAAGGACGUUACCCUACUUCGGAUUACUCUCUGCUUACCGAUGCCAGGCGAAACGUAGGGCUGUUUCAGCACCACGAUGCCAUCGCGGGCACCGCCAAAGAGAUUGUUGUCAUCGACUAUGGAAACAGGUUAUUGCGUGCCCUGGUCGGUCUGAAGCGGGUGAUCAUUAAUGCAGCCCACUUUCUAAUAAUGAAAAACAAAGAUGUUUAUCGCUUUUAUCAGACAGAGCCUUUCCUGGAGACGGAUGAUCGACGGGCCACACAUGAUUCUCUUCCUCAGCGCACGCUUAUCGAAUUAGAAUCUUCUCCCAGGUAUCUGGUACUGUUUAACCCGAUUGAGCAGGAGCGCUUGUGUCUGGUUACGGUGCUUGUGAAUUCACCUCGGGUAAGGGUGCUUACAGAAGACGGACAAACAUUACCGGUGCAGCUCAGCGCGCAGUGGGUGACCGCAGUCGAGAUGAACGGAGAGGUUUACCAGGCUUCCUUCAUGGCACGACUGCCCGCAUUAGGAUUGGCUGUUUUUCACCUGUAUGACUCUGCCGACUCCCCCAUGACCCUGCGCUCUGAUACGCUACUAAGGAUUCCGGGGCGGGGCCAAAGCAUACGAAGUUCGGACCCUUUGCCCGUGCGAUCCCAGAUGUCGGAUUCUCAACCUUUCUACAUUCAGAGCCAGUCUCUUACUCUGGGCUUCUCUGGAACCACAGGCCUGCUUGAGAGUAUUCGGCGUAAAGAUGACCCUCAGGAGGUCAGGGUACAGAUUCAGUUCUUGACAUACGGAACUCGACCCUCGAAAGACAAGAGCGGAGCUUAUCUCUUCAUACCGGAUGGAAAUGCCAAGCCUUACUCUCAGAGAGAAGCUCCGGUCGUUCGGGUGUUAGAAGGGCCGCUGUUCGCCGAGGUCACGACUUACUUCCAGCACUUUCAACAGACGGUCCGCAUUCAUAAUGUUCCAGGAGUGGAUGGUCUGUCUCUGGACAUUACCACCAUGGUGGACAUCAGAGACCAGAAUAACAAGGAGCUGGCCAUGCGCCUGGUUACCGACAUUCAAAGUGGAGACACUUUCUACACAGACCUCAAUGGGUUUCAGAUUCAACAGCGACGUUACUUCCAGAAGCUUCCGAUACAGGGUAAUUUCUACCCCAUGCCCACUAUGGCGUACAUUCAGGACAGUCAGUACAGACUUACCCUCCAUGCGGCACAGGCAUUGGGGGUUACCAGUUUGGCCAGUGGUCAGCUGGAGGUGAUUCUGGACCGGCGCUUGAUGCAGGAUGAUAACAGGGGUCUGGGACAGGGUCUUAAGGACAACAAGCGAACUGCCAACCGCUUUCGGCUUCUGUUGGAGAGAAGGAGCAACGGCGCAAAGAUGGCAGACAGCAGACCGGUCAGUUUCCCAUCGCUGCUCAGUCACAUGACCUCCGCCAUCCUAAACCACGAUGUGCUGGCACUGCCCGUGUUGCCCAGGAAACACGGCGUACCCCCCAUUCGCACCUUUGCCCCAUUGGCCAGCACGGUGCCGUGUGACUUCCACUUGCUGAACCUCAGGAGCAUCCAGAGCUCGCAGGACGCUCACUCUCCAUCUCCCCACACGGCUCUCCUACUUCAUCGCCUGGGGCUGGACUGUGGUCUGGAGGCUCAAAAUCCCGGUUUUAACUGUACGACUACACAAGGACAGCUCUCCAUUUCUGGACUUUUUCGUGGGCUGGACGUGCAUUUGCUGCAGCCCAUGUCUUUGUCUCUGAUGCACUCCCAGCCUCCGCUUUCCAACGACUCCUACGUCAAUCUAGAGCCAAUGGAAGUCUCUGCCUACAAGCUCAAGCUGUGCUAGGACAAAGUUGCACCCGAGCCAGGCUCUCCCUUUGGACCCUGUGUCAGCAAAAGCAGAGAGCCACAGCUGGACGAACGGAGGACUCUGUCGGAGAUCGUUUAUCCAGUCUGUCCAAAAUUAAGAAAAUAUAACAUGAAGGAACUACACACAAAGAUGAGCAUGUUCCAGCCGAACGUAGCCGAAAUGAAAUAAUUGAGCGUGUUUUUAUUGGACAGAGCAAAAACUCUCUUUUAAAAUGGUCACCCCUGGAGUUUGUACUUUAUGUAAAUAUGUCAAAGCUAUACGAUUGGAUCUAUACAAACCUGCGGGACUCGGUGCAAUAUGUGAUGCGUCACUUGCCGUCUUUCAUUGUGCGUUUUCUACUCAAGGCCUUGGAAGCUACGCUCGAUUCACGUUUUGUUUUUUUGUUUUUUCACGUGAGCUUGCUUUACUUUAAAUCUGAUGUGGACUAUACGUGGCGAACGCAUGAUGAAUGUCACUCACGCCUGUAAAAUCGUCUUUCUUUGUCAACCAUGAUGCUUGAGAAGACGCAGUGGUCGGGUCUUCAGCUCGCUCUCUCAUUGGCCGGUUAUUUCGCAGGUGAUACAUAAAGCUGACAUGGGGAUGUUUACCUGAACUUUAUUAUAUAAAAAUAAUGCUGCCUUUUAAUAAGCUAGCUAUGAAUUAUCCUCCGACGCAUUUUUAUUUUUUGUAACGUGUUGCAUUUGGCAUAGUACUGGUUUAUGAGUUGCCGAAUGUUUGUUUUUACUGCUUGUGUUAUCUUGUAUGCAGGUCUGAGCCGUUUUUUUUAAAGCCGCCAGCCCGUAAAUACCGUAUUUGGAUUGGACUUCAAUGAUACGCAGCAUUUGUCUUAUUUCAAAGCAUAAGAGGCCCUAGAUCAGUUUAAGAGCUCACUUAAACAUCCAUACAUAUACGAAGCCUCUUUAUUUGCUUGAAUACCUUCUGUAUAUUAGAGUAAAUGAAACAUGACUUGUAUUCGACCAAUUACUAUGCUAAAUUGUGAUCUGCUGGCAAGUCGAAAACCACUUGGUGUUGCGUAUCACAGGGGUUUUCAAACUGGGGGUCCCAAGAAAAUGUUUUAUUACAGUGGUCGAUCUCACUCACUUCUUGGCAAUAUAUAUUCUUGUAACGCUGCUACGACACAAGAUUUAUUGUCAAAGCUGCUGCAGUACAAAUAAAUAGUUUAUACAUCCAGCAUUACUCUUAACUGUAGCCAAUUAUAUUCGUUAUACAUAAAAACAUAUAUAUUUUAGAUAGGGGGUCCCUUCAAACGUUUCAUUGUAUUUGGGGGGGUCCUUGGUAUUAUAAAGUUUGAAAACCCCUGCUUCUGUCGGUCACCUCAGUAGCCUAAAUCAGACAAUUCUGAACGUGCGAAUGCUAUCCUCCUCGCAAACUGCUGCGUUGUGUCGUGUCUCAUCUCAUACUGUACAUCUCACCUAAAAACCUGUGCGCUCGAAACAGUAGCUAGACUUUAAUUUAAAUUACGGAAAGAUAUUUUCACUCAUAUGCGUUUCAACACUACAUGUGUUUAUUUCUCCGCGGCGCGUCCACUUUGAUCAGUCAGACCGCGAACUGGCUUUCCCAGCUAAUCAGGUUCCACAGUAGCAUCCUAUCAGGAACGUCAUUUCGUGCAGGACGAAGGCCGCUUGCACGGCGAGUAUGAAUAACAAGAGAGCAAAGCGUCUGUUCAUUUGCUUGGUACACGCUUUGGCUCCGGGCGCAGGUAUCUUUGAUAAUUCAGCCUGUUGUUAUUCAUUUUCAUUCUCUCUCUCUGUGUGUCAUUGCCAUGCUUAUGUUGUGCAUACAUUUUCCUUGAUUUGUGUAGUCAGUGAGAAGGAUUUUGUUUAAAAAUCUUUUUUGGGUUUCCCAACAGGAACGUGUUAAAAGACAUUACAGUGGCCGUUUAAUAAAGAUCAGACAUUAACAUGUGUA